UUUCUUGUAUGCGGAAGUCGAAGUUCAACUUGGUGAUGACGUUUAACGGGUCCAAAGCAAGUGCAGAGAAAAGCGGACAGAAACAACCUAUGAGUUGAAUAAGCUGCUUCCAGGGGGCGUUCUAGCUGCCCUUGCCAGCUGGCUUUCGGCGUGUCUGAGUUUUUCAUGGUUCUCCUGUUGCUCCUUUGGGGCUUUUAAGUGCAGCUCUGGCUCAUGGCUGAGAUGGAAUGUCGCGUGUUGUCCAUUCAGAGUCAUGUUGUCCGCGGAUACGUGGGGAAUAAAUCUGCAACAUUCCCACUGCAGGUCCUGGGUUUUGAAGUGGACUCCAUCAACUCUGUGCAGUUCUCCAACCACACAGGCUAUGCCUACUGGAAGGGUCAAGUCUUGACAGCCGAUGAGCUCAACGUGCUGUACGAGGGCAUCAAGCUCAAUAAGGUCAACCACUAUGACUAUAUCCUCACAGGGUACAGCAGGGACACGUCCUUCUUGGCAACCGUGGUUGACAUCAUUCAAGAGCUGAAAAAGGCCAAUCCCAGUCUGGUAUAUGUUUGUGAUCCUGUGAUGGGAGACCACGGGGCAAUGUAUGUUCCGGAGGAACUUCUGCCAGUCUACAGGGAAAAAGUAGUGCCUUUGGCUGACAUCCUUACGCCUAACCAGUUUGAAGCAGAGCUAUUAACUGGAAGAAAAAUCCACACAAUAGAAGAUGCAAUGGAGGCAAUGGAAUUGCUUCAUAAAAUGGGUCCUGGUAUGGUGGUGCUCACCAGCACUGACUUGCCUUCAAAACAAGGAGACCGGUACCUGGUGGCCCUCGGGAGCCAGAAAACCGUCAAACCAGACGGGACCAUUAGCACUCAGAAGAUCUGCAUGGACAUCCCCAAAGUUGAUGCCGUGUUUGUGGGGACAGGGGACCUGUUUGCUGCCAUGUUGCUGGCCUGGACACACCAUCAUCCCAAAGACCUGAAGGCUGCCUGUGAAAAGACUGUUUCGGUCAUGCACCAUGUAAUUAAGCGCACCAUUACCUACGCUAAUGAAAAAGCUGGGCCGGGGAAAAGGCCAAGCCCAGCACAGCUGGAGCUGAGGAUGGUUCAGAGCAAAGCCGACAUUGAGAAUCCGACCAUCGUAGUGAAAGCGACAGUUUUACAAAAAUCCUAAAAUGCACACGCAGGCACAGGAUGGUACGUGUAGGAUUUUCCACCUCCUGGGCCAAGACCUCUACCCUGUACGGAGACACUCCAGAAUCACUGCCGUACAUCUCUAAUUACUGUAAAUCAAAUUGAAAGCAUUAUUAGCCAAUAGGGCUUAUUUUUAGAGACAGAUUACUUGACUUGUAAAUGUACUUGAAUCAUCCUUUUAGAAAACAACACUGAAAUAUAACACACAGAAUAACUAGAUGCAUGCUUGCCCAUGCUUCUGCUUGUUUAGGCUUUAUUAUGAAGUCACCAUUGGUGUGUUGUUGUCUAAGCUACAAACACGACAAACUAUAUGAACCUCAUGUCAAAACACAGAAGCGAAAUGUUUUUAUGUCAAAACAAUGAUGUCACAUUAGUGCAUUAACAUGUCAUUGCUGCGGGAGUCAAUGACCUGACGGGUGCAUUCAGGUGUGGGGCAUUGUGAUACAUGUACUGUAACACCCAUGCGGUUUUUACUUUAUUGGUGGUCGGUAUAUUUCAAUCUAUCCACUUUAUCGUCCACUCCUUUUUAUAAUCGUAUUUGAUGUUUUGAAUUCACUUACUCUUACAAUAUAUUUCUGGAAAGGUUUCUCACAUGGCUGUUAAGAUAAUGCUGAGUAAUGACAUAAUGACAGAACUAAUGUUAGAUCCUGGUCUUAAACAUCUCAAAUUGAGGUAUUUGCGCAGAUAAUCUUUGAGAUAUAUCAACAGUGGUGUGAAAAUGUGUUUGCCCCCUUCCAGGUUUCUUCUUUUUUUUUUGCACACUGAAAUAUGUGAUCAUCAGAUCAAAUUUAAAUAGUCGACAACAACACAACUGAACACAAAAUUCAGUUUUCGAAAUUAAACUUUGUAUUAUUAAAGGAGAGAAUAAAUCCAAACCUACAUGG